CACUCCCCUAGCCCUAUCUUGGAGCAGCCACGUCGCGGCGCCCCUCGGUCGGAGGAGGGGCGUGGCGAAGGCCAUGCGGGGUACGUGCCCCGCCCCUCCCCGCCCGGAGCCCGGAUGAAGAGUAUCGCCAUUACCGCCGGAGCCGCUGAGAACCCUGGCGGACAGGGACUGGACCCCGGACUGGCCGCGCCAUGAGACUCCUGCCCCGCCUGCUUCUCCUUCUCUUGCUCGUGUUCCCCGCCACUGUCUUGCUCCGAGGCGGCCCCAGAGGCUCAUUAGCAGUGGCUCAAGAUCUUACAGAGGAUGAAGAAACAGUGGAAGAUUCAAUAAUUGAAGAUGAAGAUGAUGAAGCUGAGGUCGAAGAAGAUGAACCCACAGAUUUGGCAGAAGAUAAAGAGGAAGAAGAUGUAUCUGGUGAACCUGAAGCUUCACCAAGUGCAGAUACUACUAUCUUGUUUGUAAAAGGAGAAGAUUUUCCAGCAAAUAACAUUGUGAAGUUCCUGGUAGGCUUUACAAACAAGGGUACCGAAGAUUUCAUUGUUGAAUCCUUAGAUGCCUCAUUCCGUUAUCCUCAGGACUACCAGUUUUAUAUCCAGAAUUUCACAGCUCUUCCUCUGAACACUGUAGUGCCACCUCAGAGACAAGCAACUUUUGAGUACUCCUUCAUUCCUGCAGAGCCUAUGGGUGGACGACCCUUUGGUCUGGUCAUCAAUCUGAACUACAAAGAUUUGAAUGGCAAUGUAUUCCAAGAUGCAGUCUUCAAUCAAACAGUUACAGUUAUUGAAAGAGAAGAUGGGUUAGAUGGAGAAACAAUCUUUAUGUAUAUGUUCCUUGCUGGUCUUGGGCUUCUGGUUGUUGUUGGCCUUCAUCAACUCCUAGAGUCAAGAAAGCGCAAGAGACCCAUACAGAAAGUAGAAAUGGGUACCUCAAGUCAGAAUGACGUUGACAUGAGUUGGAUUCCUCAGGAAACUUUGAAUCAGAUCAAUAAAGCUUCACCAAGAAGGUUGCCCAAGAAACGGGCACAGAAGAGAUCAGUGGGAUCUGAUGAGUAAAUGUUCCUUUGUGCAACAAUUCAGUCUUUGCUUAACCUGCCCUAAUGUUUUUCAGCCUGAUGGGAAUUAGUGCAGAGAAGCCAUGUCACCAUAGAAGGCAACUACUACUUAUGUGUGGACUGAGAAAUCAGAGUCUGUGGCGAUAAUAUUGCUGAAAAUGCACUGCAUUCGUUUUUCUAAAGUAAAAAUCUGGUUUUUUUAAAACCAUUAAAAUCUCUGUGUGUGUGUGUGUGUGUGUGUGUGUGUGUGUAUGUGAGCAGUUGGUUUUACCAGAAUCAUUGUUGAACUACCUGAAAUGAGCCUUUAGAAUACUAAAUAUUAUGCUUUUGUCUCUUCCUUUUUGACAUUUUCUGAUUUUCCUCCCCCCCAAAACUCAGUGAAUAUUUGCUCUAUAUGAUUGUUGAUGUCCUGCCUUGAAUAGUUUUAAAGGGAAGAAUUUGUUUCUUUCUUGGAAUAGCUCAAAUUUCAAUUGAUGGCACAAAUUAGUAUUUUGUUGUUGUUGUUUAACAACUAGUAUUCUAAAGGCACAAGCAGGAUUAGCUGCUUUUUGGCAAUAGAAUUGUUUGGUAUUUUGCUGCUGUUUACUAUAAUGCACACCUUCAGAAAACUUCCCAAAUGAAUUCAAGCAAUUUUGGGAUCUCUCUAGCAAACAAAAUUGUGAAACAUGAAAAUUCUGCUGACUUUGAUAUGUAAAACUUAACCCCUUUUUUAACAAAAAGAAAACAGUACAUUUGUGUAAACUGGGUUGUGUUGUCCAUUGUUACUGUACUUCUGACCCAGAGAUAGCUCUGGGAUGAUUUUAGACCUACUCAGUUUUUUUUUAAAGAAAUAAUUUUUCUCUCCUUAAUAGAUGCACCCCUUCUUAAGAAAAGUUGCCUUGGUCUACAGAUUAAGCAGAAAAUUAAAUUGUGGGGACAGAGAUAUAUGCCGACUAAUCCUAGUCUUAAAAAAAAUGAGUUGGAUGUUUUAAAGCUGCUAACCAAUCUAAACUUUGGGGAGUUUUGGUUGUUGACAUAACCUUUUUUUCAGUUAAUUCAAAAAAUUCCAAAAAAUUGUGCUUAAGACCUUAGAACCAAAAUUAAACUAGACUUCAUAAAAUUCUCUUAGAGAGUUAUUCUUGCCCUAGGCAGUAAAUUAAGUUUGGCAUUAUUGUCAGACUAGAUAAAGGAUAAAGUAAAAACAAAUAAGAGGCUUUCCCUCUCUAUCUUUAAGCCAUAUUCUCCCACAUAUAUUUUGUAAGGAAAUGGUAAAUGGAAUUUUAGUGGCUCAUUAAUUCCUGACCUCUCUUCAUUCUCAUCCAAUUCAAUGCCCCCUACACCCAUGCCCACACAGACAAAAAACAAAACAAAAUACAUACACAAACAAAAAAAGUCUUUCUGAGCUGUUAAAGUAUUUAAACAUCUGAGCCAAAGCCAAUGACAAUAGAAGUUUUUGUAUAAUUGUUAAACACUUUGCAGGCAGAGCCUAAAUUGUCAAAUUACCUAUAUUGGCAUUGCUGGACUAUAAACUUUGUACUAUAAAGUGUUUGAGUUUUUAAUUGGGCUGUAUGAUUGGUAGUUUGUUUUGAAAAAGCUCUAUGAGCUCUAACUCUGCAUGGUUUUUUUGUUUAAUGUAACAUAGGAGAGCCUUCAUAUUCUCAAGGAAUAUAUUCCAAAACAUUUUUGUGAAUAUUUAAGUUGUGAAACUGCUAGAAUAUAAUGCAGCAAGUUGUUAGUACAAUGGCCUGUAGAGAGUCUUACUGAGUACGUGGUAAUACAUUGCAAAAUCACACCAAGCUAUAGAGCUGCCAGCCCUCCUCACUCCUAAGCAAUUUGCCUUACAUACCAGCCCUUCUACUUCUGAGGUUCAAAUUAGUGCCUUCAGAAAUGUAGAAUUUAUUAUUUGUCAUGUUUUAUUCUUUUAGUGUAGAUUGGGAACAGUUGAAAACUCUUAAGUGCUCAGAUGCCAGGGGUCGUCUAUAGCAUCAGUAAGUAUUUAGCAGAAACUAACUCCAUAAUGAAUGGAAUUCAGUUCCACACAUGGUUUGUUCAAGCACACUUAAUAAGUAGCCUAUUUUUUAAAUGUAAAUAUUUGAAUGAAGUUUUUCUUUGUUUUGAUAUAUUCAUUUGCUACACCAACCAUGGAUUCAGAAUUCUUCUUUUCAACAACUUGGUUUCAGAAUAUGUAAAAUGAACUUAAGGAUCUUGUGUAUCAAACCUGUCACCUCAAUGUGUGAGAAUAAUGUGUUCAUAAAGCAUGGAUCUUGCUUUGGUUGUAUAGCUUCAUCAUUUAUUUCAUAGUCUUACAUAGUGACUUGUAGGGCUAAUCCUGCCCUCUGAAGCAUUGUCCAAGGAGGGGAAAAGGGACAUGGGACCUCCGAGUUAGAAGCCUUAGGGAAGGAGUAAAAGUAAAAAUCAUAUGGAAAGAAACAUUGACUUAAUGAGGUUUUUAAUUUUAAGCAGCUUCAGAAAAUGUGACUUUGAUAGGAGGAAAAGGCAAAUUUAGACCUAAAAAUAUAUUAAAGAACUGCUGUCUUAAGAGUGCAUUUGUAGGUCAUCAGCCUAGAACGGUAGUCUUGACUUUUGGGGAGAAGUAAAUAGUAGCAAUGUAACAUUGAAACCUUUACUUAAUGACGGAUUAUUUUGGAGGUACAGUAGAUAAAUGUAAUAAUAGGCAAGGCUCGUAUAUACCAUUCUUCUUUUGCAGUACAAUGAUAUCCAUACCCUUGGUAUGAAGGAAAAUUUACUUGGUUAGUGCAUUUGAAUAAUGAAAUAAUUUUUAACUCACCAAUACAACAAGAUUUUUUAUAGACCACGCCCUUUAUUUUAGUUCUAAAAUUAGAUACUAGCUUAAAUGUAAAAACAUUUUCAGAUACACUUAAGUACUUCCACAGUUUUAGAUGGCAUCAUUUGCAGCUGUAGAACUAAAAAUAAUAAAUUUGUUCUGAUUUUCUUAAAGUCCUACUUCGAACUACUACCUCCAGCUUAGUGAAGAGCAUCCUAACAUAUACAAGAUCCUUGUUAUUAAUGUAAGUGAAAUGUUAGGUUUCAUUGUUAAGAAACCUAUGUAGAUAGAGGUCUGUAUAUCUGUAAGAUCAUCCUUAGAGGAUAUUUAGGAAGGAAGAACAACACUUAAGAACUGACUUGGAAUCAUCUAAAUAAUUUCUUUAGGACUCUUAUGAACUUAGUAUUUCCAUGAUUUUAUCCUUUUUCAUUUAUACAAAAACGUGGCCUGUGUUAAUUAUAUGAUUUGAAGUUCUGGGGUUUUUCUUUUUUAAGAUUUUGGAGUUGUUUAGGGAUAUGGUGCUUAGGUUUAGGUACCAGUUAGCUGCUUUUUUAGGGAAGUAGAAAGGGAACUCAUUUACUAAACAUCAGUCAUGUGCUAUGUUCCUUGGGCCUUUCCAUUUAUCAUCUCAUAAACCUUCAUACCAAUUCAAGGAGGGUGAUAUUAUUCUCAUUUUGUAGAUGGAAAAAACAAAACCUGACUUUAAGUAGUUUGGUCAAGGUUACAUAUUGAAUAUGGAAAGUUCAAAUAACCUCAGUACUGAAUAUACUAUAUAUACUUGCUAUAUGAUAUAAUAGUGUAUAAAACCCCAAAGAGUCUUCUGAGCUAUUAUAAAUUGAUUUGUCUAUUGUGGUAUGUAUGUAUAGUUAUUUCAAAUUGACAUUUCGUUUUUGUUUAUAAUCAUUCAGUUAUCCACAAUACCCUAUUUAAUCUCUACUAAUCACGUGUCUUUAUCUCCCUUAUUAACAGAAUCAUAGUCUUUAAAAACAUUUUCUGCAAGUUAGAUUUAAUAAUUGCUUGAUUGGAUUUCCAAGCUGAAAAGGGUUGAAAGGUCCAUCUUCAUGUUAGAGGUGAUAGUGACGUACGUGUCUGCUUUUGGGUUAUACAACCAGAUAGAACUGUGGUUACAGGUUUAGGCUUCUCUAGUCUUCUUUCUGUUCUGUUACGGAUUUCCCUUAAUAGGCACAGUGGGGCAUUGAAAAAAGAAUCCAGUGUACCUGGAAAGCACAUGAAGGAUAACCUUUAAAGUCUCUAAAUCACAGUCAAAGAUGAUUUGACUGCCUUGUUUGUUCCCCUGCUGUCCCUUAUGUAGACUUGUGUCAGUACCUGUGGCAGUCUGUCUGUCUCCCUCUGUAUUAGGAGCUCUGAAUCUUGUUUUUUAUCCCUAGCUUCUAGCUCACAAUUAUGUACGAACUUACUACUGUUCAAAGGAAGAAGAGAAAAUGUGGGCCAGUUUUCAUUUGCUAUUCUUCUGUGUGAUUAGUGGGAUUCAUAAAUAUUCCUGGUGGUAAGCCAUUGUCAUUGGCAAUUCUGAGAGGCUGAACAAAGAGAGGUGAUACGGUAUGCCAGCCUGGGAAUUAGGAGACCUUUGUUAGUCUGCCUCGGCCACUAUCCAAAGGUAGCUCAUCCCUGGAGUCUCAGCGUGUUCUUUUGUAGAUUGAGAGGUACUUGAAUUGUCAGCCCUAAACCCUUAAUGCAAUGUUAUUAAAUGGUUCUUCUUUAAAGUUAGUUGUUUACUUAGCAGAAAAGAACUCACAUUGGGCUGCAGGGGUUCAAAUCCCAGAUCCUCUCCUCUUAGGUGGAGACAAGUUGCAGAACCUCACUGUGCUUCAGGUUUUGGUGCCUGCCUCCUAGGUUUGUUAGGCGUUAAUACACGGAAGGUGCUUAGAACAUUGCCUGGCACUCAGUAAGCCGUGUAAUCACUGCUCUUACAACAUCCCAUGAAGCAUGGGGUGGGAAAAGAGUAUAUGGUACUUUUUGGACAUUGAUGUGGAGUAAUAGUUAAAUUCUGAGUAUGUGAGCUAAAAAUAGUUUUCUUUUUUAACUAAAGAAUAAAAGUUUCAAGAUGGCCAUGUAAUCUGGCUAGCGCUGUGGAUUUCUCAAUGAACCAGAGUAAUAAGGCUAGCAAGGGGAGUUUUUGUGAUAAAUCUUUUAGCACCUACAUGCCCAGUGCUGCUUUUGUAGAAUACUUGGAGAGCCCACAUAUUUUCCAGUGAAGUUGUUGGUGUUCAAAUCAUUUUUGAAACUCGUUUCUCAGAAUUUCGGCAUAUGAACCACCCAAAGAAAAGCAGUCUUAUUUCUGAAUGUUUUUUCAGGAAUCAUACUGCUCUGAUCAUCCAUCUUACAUUUGUGGAAAUAGGUGCUUAACGUCUAAAGGCACUUUAGAAAGGAGUAUCAGAAGUACUUUAGUCAAAAAUGGUGUUUCAGAUUGAGUCUGUCAAGCAUCUCCUCUUUCACGUAGAUCCUCAUUUCAUCAUCACAUGAUGAACAGGCUGCAGGAGCCCAGGCAUCCAUCCGAUCACAUUUGGUCUAUUGCUCUUUCCAGCUUGGUUGGAAUAAGGUGUACAGAUCGUUUGACAGGGAGCACGUUCACAGUAAUGCAUGAAAUACACCUACCUGUGUUCUCGUUGCAACACUUAGGAUUUGCUUGGGAUUUUAUAUUCUCCGAUGUGCUUUCUUUUUUUUUUUUUUUUUUGAUGCUAUCACAGUCCAGAGUCAAGCUACAUUUGUAGAUACUCUGUCUGGACAAUAGCUUUCAUAAAAGGACCCAUUGCCAUCAUCCCUGGUAGAAGAUGUAAAGCAAUCGGUCCCCAGUACAUAAUGAGAACAAGAUUUCAUCCCCUGGAACUCUCCCGAGCAGUUUAAGUACGUGCAUUUGAAAGUCUUGCAUGUAAUAUCUCAUCCAGUUCAUAAUCAUCAACCUUUUCAUGUCUGAAACAUAUUGAUGUGUCUUACAUCUGGCCGUGUGAGCCCAUGCCGCUGUCUCCCAGGUGGAAGUCGGAUCCAGAGCAGGCUGCUAUCUGCUCUUGAAGCAGAGUCUGGCCAAAGGGCCACUCUAAGUGACUAUGAGUAUGUUUGUCUUUACUUCUUCCUUAGGUGAAGUCCACCUGAGUAGCACAUAUCUGGCUUAUACUGCAGCCUCCUGCCUAGAAGUAGUCACAUUUCAGGAACCACCUGUAAGAAUCUGUGACCCGUUGGUCACACUGGCUUUUCACAUACCGAAUGGCGGCUUCAGAGAUUUGAUUUCAAGAGAUAACCCUGUUGGUGGGCGUUCAUGGUUAUCUCUGUAGGGUGAGAACUUUGUUGCAUCGACUGCAACAAAGGUGAACACAAGGUGCUCAGAGCUGAGUCCUUAUGGUUGAACCUCUUCGCUGUCACCAACCAGCUCCUGUCCCUUCCAGAUUGUUGAAGACUUAUCGCCAGUUGUAAACCUCCUUUCCCAUGUCCUCUCCAUCUCUGGCUUCUUUCCUUUCAUGCUAUCUAUACAAAAACCCUCUUGUCUUAAGUCUUGCGCACGACUCUCCUGCCUCUAGCUGCUUUUUGUUGUUUUUCCCUUUGUCAAAACAGCUGCUAUGCUAUUAGCUUCCUUUUCUUUACCAGACUUUGUUUUCAAUUUCCUUCUAAUUAGCUUCUGCCCAGGAAGACCUGCUGUCUUAGGAGCUCAUGGCUCCCCACUUGCAGGAAACAACUUCAGUCUCAGUUCCCCGUUUAGCCCAUUGACCUCCGGCCCCCAAAUUCACCGUUGCUUCUGUGACCCUGCAUGACCCUGCCCUGAGCUCUUUUUCUUUUGGCGAUUCUGUUCACUAGCCCCAAGGUAGCUCAGGCUCAUCCUCCCCUCCUAUGGACUAGCGUGUUAAGAGACCUCGGUACUUCUCUUGGCUUCCUCUGCUAACUCUUGAUUAAUUCAUUCCUGAUUUUUAGACCUAAACUAUUUCCUUAGUGCCAUUAUAACUGCCUGUGACUCAUUUUCACUUAAAGUUCUUAUUAUAACCCCAAACCAACAAAUCACAGAUAUUUACUUUCCUCCAUAAGCCUUCCCAGUCUAACUUCCUGUCAUUUUUCAGAAACAUGACUCUCUCAUUUAGCCAACCUGAAAUCUUACAAAGCCCCUGACUAUGGUAUUUUGCACGUUAAGUAUUUAAUAAAUGAUUACUAAUUUUAGCUCUGAUGUGAAUAAGAUUUCAUUUCUCUCCACUUCAUAAUCUAACAACUUACAGAACUUGAGGGAAAUCUGAAUUUAUGCAGUUUGGGCAAAAAUACCUCUGGUUCAAAAUACUUUUUUAUGUUUUCUAAUUGAUUUCAGGAGGUCUUGGGUUUGCUAUUUUAAUUUUAGUGCUUGCAAACUCAAAAUGUGAUUUCUGGCAUCAUAUUUUCGUCAGAUUUGUUUAUGGUAAAACUUCUGCAAUGUGAAGUUUUAUUGGGUAAUUAUGUCUGAAAAUGUUAUUUGGAUAUCUUUUGAGACUAUUUAAUGAAAGUGGAAUAAUGAAUCCUUAAAAUUUUUGUGCAGCUUAGAGAAAUGUUCCUGCUGUUUAUCUGGAAAUCUCAUAUUUUUUUAAGUUUGGUAAACCCAAGAUGUAAGUGAGCACUUUUCUUUCUUGGUUAUUUUCAUCGAUCUGACCUACUGCUUACACUGGUCUACUGUCCUGUCAAAUGCAUCUUUUAAUUUAUGUAUCACUUAAUUAAAAAGCCAAUCUUGAAAGUAUUUUUGUGCAACAUGAAAUGUUUCCUAAAGUACCAAUGCAUAUUACUGCUUGGUCUUGACGAUGAGAAGCACUAAAGGAAUCUAAAAUAGUAAGCCAAAAAAAAAAAAAAAAAAGAACAUUAUGAUAUUGAUCAGAAUUUCUCCCUGGAAAUUAUUUUAAAAGUUCACACGUUCUCUACUUAAAAAAUUUAGACAUUUCAAAUAACAAAGUGGUGUUUAGAAUAAAGCUGAUUUAAGAUGAGUUUUACAUGAGCUAUUGGGCUGUCAGCUAGUUGGCUUUUCAGAUAAUGACCAUAAAGGCACUUCCUCCCUAAGGUCUCUCCCCGCCCCCAUUCCCCGCCCACCUUUGAGGGUUUUGGUUCCCAAUAAUAUUCUGACCAUUUAAACAUUUCUAAGCAAACAGAGAUGGAUCUUGGAUUUAAUUUUCUUGGUUGUACCCAGUGAGUCAGUAGUACCUACAAUUUGUUUAAGAUUUUAUUCUAAAGCAGUAGAACUGAAUGAAUGUGUUCUUCAUAGAAUAAGUAACUUGAUUAGAGGCUGUGCACAUGUGUUAGAGAUCAGUCUUUGUAAACUAUGUAAUGUUUUCAGUCUUUUCUGCUGAAAGGGAAAAAAUGCUUUGAGAAUUAAAAAAAAUUAGGACAGUAAGAACCAGCAUUUUUAUGUCUUCUCUGCAGUGCUUGAAACCCUCAGUAUUAAAUUUUGGAUUAAUCCAAAGUUUAAAAAGAAAUACACCAAAAUGCUAAAGCAGUUUUUGUGUUAGGGUGGUGGAUUUACAUUUUCCUUUUCAAAAUGUUUGUAAUGUGCUUAUAUUUUAUAAUGGAAGCAAUAAAUGCAAUGUUAAAUUUA